AUGACAAAACGUCAUACGGUCGCCCCUCCCGUCGCCUGUCGAGGCGACCUGAGGGGGCCGCGUGCAGCCCCCCAGGGAGCCGCAACGGGCGACGGGAAAAAGAGGGGGGGGGCGGUGCACGUGCCCCCGGUGCGCCGCGACAGGCGACGGAGCAUGGCCGGGGCGGGGCCGGGGCAGGGUCGAGGCAAGGUCCGGGACGGGGCCGCGACAGGGUCGGGGCAAGGCCGCGCCGAGGGGCCGCGACAGGGUCGGGGCUGGGCCAGGGUUAGGGCAGGUCCGGGACGGGGCCGCGACAGGGUCGGGGCAGGGCCGAAAGGGGCAGCGACGGGGCCGCAAGGGGCGGCGACGGGGCCGCUAGAGGCGGCGGCGGGGCCGAUAGGGGGGGCGACGGGGCCGCUGGAGGCGGCGGCGGGGCCGAUAGGGGCGGCGACGGGGCCGAUAGGGGCGGCGACAAGGUCGCGAAGGGGCCGCGAGGGGCCUGAAAGGUCGGCGACGGGGCCGGUAGGGGCGGCGACGGGGCCGCUGGAGGCGGCGACGGGGCCGCGAAGGGGCCGUGAGGGGCCUGAAAGAUGGUAUCAGCAGUACGCUCGAUCCUACCCUAAGAAAAUGCGCCUCUCCCGCCCCGUCCUGCACCUCGACUCGCUUGUGAUGAGUCCAGGCCGUGGCGUGUCCCGUAACGCCGUGUAA